AUGGCUGAAAAUAAAGUUGUUUCACUUGAUCAAAAUCAUCCACUAUUUUUACAAGCUGGAGACACUCCAGAACUCGUGUUGAUACCGCUCAAACUCACUAUGCCAAAAUAUUAUGCCCUUUGGAGUAGAGCGAUGAAAUUAGCAUUGCGAGGAAAAAGCAAGCUUGGCAUUGUAGACGUGUCGAGUGAAUUGAUGUCAAGUAUUGUGUAUUCAUCAAAUGCAAAGAAAGUUUGGAAUGAUUCCCAAGAGAGAUCUGACAGAUCUAAUCUCACCAGAAUAUAUCAUAUGUGGACUGCAAUUGUGACUCUAAGGAAAGAUACUAAUUCAAUUACUAGCUAUUAUUCAAAAAUGAAGGAUAUAUGGGAUGAACUUGAUAUAUUGGCCCCUUUGCCCUCUUGUGAUUGUGAGGAAUCCAGGCUUUCUGUAGAUCACUUGAAAAACAUAAGGUUGUUGCAAUUCCUUAUGGGAUUAAACGAUAGUUAUAGCAAUAUACACAACAAUGUAUUGGUAAAAAGGUCGGUUGUAACUGUUAAUGAGGCUUAUACAAUAAUUAGUCAAGAGGAGAGUCAAAAGACCUUAGGUGUUAUAGAUUCACACAAAGAUCCACUUACAAUAUUAGCAGGAAAAGCAAGAAGAACUGCAAAUGUAAAUACAACUACUGCAAAGGAAGAGAGAGAAAUGCCAGCUAUUCAAUCACCAGGUCAAUUUUUCACAGAAGAGAAAUACAAGCAGUUGGCUAGUCUGCUAUCAAAGACUAGUGCAGGGUACUGUUCUGCAAAUAUGUCAGGUAUAAUCUCUCUAUUGUCCACUGCAGCUGAUAUUUACAGUGGUAGCGUGAAGGGGAUUGGUAAAGAGAACAAUAGGUUAUACCUACUGAAAGAGAACAUAACACUAGCAGCAUCAAGAUUUUUGUAA